UCAUUCAGCCGGUUGCCAUCUGUCAGUUGUCGUAAAUAUCUUUUGUCGUGUUAUUUGUUUGUCCCGUUUGUUCAUGUUAGAAAAAGUCAAUAAAAACUUAGUAUUGACUGAGAUUGAGUGUGGAAUAUUGUUAUAUUUUGUGCCCAGCCACUAAAGCUAAUAUUCGUUAAUUAUCGUUUGCUGGUGGUGUAAUAAUCAGUAAAUAAUAUUGCGUUGUUGUGUGGUUAUUGUGGUGAAUUAGAGAGUGGUGUUUAAAAAUAAUCGCGUAUAAAUGAUUUGUUAGUGUCAGAGCAAAGCUAUAAAGUACUAAAAAUGACUACAAAUCCUAGAAAAGGCACCGACCCGGUGCCGAUGGAAGAAAGUGACCAGCUGACUAUAAGGCCCUUGGGUGCUGGUCAAGAAGUGGGCCGGUCCUGCAUCAUGCUGGAGUUCAAAGGAAAGAAAAUUAUGCUGGACUGUGGUAUACAUCCAGGCCUGUCAGGGAUGGAUGCUCUGCCUUUUGUAGACCUGAUUGAGGCUGAUGAAGUGGAUCUUCUACUGAUUUCUCAUUUCCACUUGGAUCACAGCGGUGCAUUACCGUGGUUCCUAACGAAGACGUCUUUCAAGGGCCGAGUGUUCAUGACACAUGCUACUAAAGCCAUCUAUAGGUGGCUUGUAUCCGAUUAUAUUAAAGUUAGUAAUAUAUCAACGGAACAGAUGCUGUACACAGAGUCAGACCUGGAAGGUUCAAUGGACCGCAUCGAGACCAUCAACUUCCACGAGGAGAAGGAUGUGCGAGGAGUCAGGUUCUGGGCAUACAAUGCGGGCCAUGUGCUCGGGGCUGCCAUGUUCAUGAUCGAGAUUGCUGGCGUUAAGAUACUAUACACGGGAGAUUUCUCGAGACAAGAGGACAGACAUUUAAUGGCGGCGGAGAUACCGACGGUGCACCCUGAUGUUCUAAUUACGGAGUCGACAUACGGCACCCACAUCCACGAGAAGCGCGAGGAGCGAGAGAGCCGGUUCACCGGCCUCGUCAGCGAGAUCGUGCAGCGCGGCGGACGGUGCCUCAUUCCUGUGUUCGCGCUCGGACGGGCGCAGGAACUACUGCUCAUACUCGACGAGUACUGGUCGCUCCACCCGGAGCUGCAAGACAUCCCCAUCUACUACGCGUCGAGCCUGGCCAAGAAGUGCAUGGCGGUGUACCAGACGUACGUCAACGCCAUGAACGACCGCAUCCGACGCCAGAUCGCCAUCAACAACCCCUUCGUCUUCAGGCAUAUCUCCAACUUAAAGGGAAUAGAUCACUUCGAGGACAUAGGUCCCUGCGUCAUCAUGGCGUCGCCCGGUAUGAUGCAGAGCGGCCUCUCCCGCGAGCUCUUCGAGUCCUGGUGCACCGACCCCAAGAACGGAGUCAUCAUUGCUGGUUACUGUGUGGAGGGCACGUUAGCCAAGACGAUCCUGUCGGAGCCGGAGGAGAUCACCUCCAUGUCCGGCCAGAAGCUGCCGCUGAAGAUGUCGGUGGACUACAUCUCAUUCUCCGCGCACACUGACUACCAACAGACCUCCGAGUUCAUCAAUAUACUCAAACCGCCUCAUGUGGUGUUAGUCCACGGCGAGCAGAACGAGAUGUCCCGUCUGAAGGCGGCCCUGCAGCGCGAGCACCGCGGCCGCCUGCACAUACACACCCCCCGCAACACGCAGCUACUCGCGCUCACCUUCCGCGGGGACAAGACCGCCAAGGUGAUGGGUUCCCUGGCGAUGGAGAAGCCGGAGCCGGGCACACAGCUGCAGGGCAUCCUGGUGAAGAGGAACUUCAACUAUCACAUACUCGCACCCUCAGACCUUAACAAAUACACGGAGUUGACCCAGUCGGAGGUGACGCAGCGCCAGUCGAUCCACUACAGCGGGUCGCUGGGCCUGCUGCGCCACGUCGUCAUGCAGCUGGCGGGCGCCAUCGAGUUCCUGUCGGAGACACGGUGGCGGGUCUACUCCUGUGUCGACCUCACGCUCGAGAAUAACAUGAUCACACUCGAGUGGGUGGCGCAGCCCGUGUCGGACAUGUUCGCGGACGCGCUGGUGGGCGGCAUCCUGUCGGCGUCGUCGCUGGCCGCGCCGCGACAUCUGCCGCUCGCGCCCAAACUAGACCGCAUGCACUUCAAGGAGUGCGUGAUAGAGAUGCUGCAGGAGAUGUUCGGCGACGACGCCGUGCCGAAGAUGUUCAAGGGAGACAAGCUGUACGUCAGCGUCGACGACAAGCGAGCCGACAUAGACCUACUCACAAUGGAGGUGAAAUGUCCCGAGGACGAGACCCUGGAGCGUACCGUCCAGUCGGCGAUAAGCAAGCUGUACGCGGCGCUGGCGCCCGUCAAGCCGCCCCCCGCACCGCAGGCGCACAACUCCUGACCACCCACUCCUACACAGGAACCCGCACAAACACAGUAACGUGCACUUUGUACCUUCUGUACAUACAUAUAAGGUAUAAAGUGCAGUAGCGGUGAUACUGGGCGAAAUAAAUAUGAAUGGACAUUAAAUACAUAAGUUUGAAAUUAAUAAUUUUAUACCGAAAAUACAAACAAUAGUACAUGUGUCUGUUUAUUAUGUGUUUUUCUUUACCCGGCUCAAUGUGUACAAGUCUACAAUAGAUGCGUGUAAUGUGAACUUGUUGGAAAUAAGUAUUAUGUGAAUGUUUGUUCAAGGAAUAAACGUUGUUAAAGUA